AUGAAAGCUAGCACCUGUUCAAAAGAGAAAAAUGCAGAUGAUAACGAUUAUUGUUAUAACAUUGAUGUGCCUCAGUUACGUAUUCAAUUUGCUAAUAAUUAUUUGCUGUUAUCCAACAAUGAACAAGAUUUAAACCCAUACAAUGUUUCGGCCGUAUGUGCUAUUGCUUGCAGUACAAAACAAGCGGGAAAACAUAUUGGACAGAAAGAUUUAGAUUUCAAAUCAGUAUUUGCUGUUACAAAUACGUCAACAAUUGUUUCACAUAAAUGGAAUUUUUAUUUUCAAAUAACGGGUAAUGAUCAACUAUGCUACAUAAGGCUCUAUUGGUUAGAUUUUCCACUUCCCAAUGUUCAGCAGACAAUCGAAUUAUAUCCUUCACAAACCCAUAUUUAUCUACCAUUCGACAAAUCUCCAACACCAUCCGAAAAGCUACUGAAUGAAAUGAUUCAAAAUGUAAGAGAUCCGUGUGUUUUGUUAAAUAUGGGAAAAUUGAAACGAGUCGAGAUUGUCGAUAAAAUAUGCGGAAAGGAAUGGAACAUCUACAAAAGAAUUGAAAAAGAAAAAUUAAUUUAUUUAAAGAAAGUUGAAUUUAAAAACGUCACAUUUGUCAAUGUAACCGGCUCUAUUGUUUCAAUAAUUGAUGAAUCAAUUAAGGAAUUGUCUUGUUUCCGCGUUUAUACAUGUUACAUUAACAUACCAUCAAAUACAAAUUAA